UAUCAGUCUCUAGUGUGUAGCGCGGUGCUCUCUGUUCCGGUGUCGCGUUCCACGUGCUUCCUGACGUUCCAUUCACACCCCCUGGUGUUCUAUCGGCUGUAGGCAGCCUCACUGCAGCAGUCAUGGCUGAUGAAAUCAGCAAAGCCCAGACUGCCCGCCCUGGGGGGGACACGAUCUUUGGCAAAAUCAUCCGAAAGGAAAUUCCGGCCAACAUUUUCUAUGAGGACGAACAAGUAUGUGCUGUGUCAGGGGUGUGAAAUAAAGAUUGGGCGAGCCUGCUGGGAACUAAUCUGACAUCAUUAGGGGAAACCAUAACUACUGGAGGAAAGUGGCGCUAGACUCUUUUUUUUUUUUUUCACUUUCACAAGAAAUGUAUGUUAUGUUUGGUUACUGUGCAGGAAUUUAGCAGUCACUUAAUUGUGGCUUCAUCAUUGGCUUAAGAUGCACCCGUCAUGCAAAAAUCUUAUGGUGGCACUCCACAGGAGUGACAGUUCAUGUAUACAUUGUGCUAUAGAAUGACACCCUGCUUGCCAAUGUAUAGAUCCAAUUAUUGAGGACAAAACGCAAUAAUGCGUCUUAUGUACUAAACAACAAAUUGUACCCAUCAGUUUGCCCUAAUGACAAUAUUUACAGUAAAAUAGCCAAACCUGAACUACAGAUGAAUGGGAGGUGGCGUUUUCCCCCUUUUUUUUUUUUUUUUUUGAUGAUCCACGGUCUUUGAUUACAUUUUACCAUUUAGAUUUUAGUUUGUUACAAAAAUAUAUAUAUAUUUUUUUUCAAAUGGAAAAAUAUUUUGUGGAUUUUUUUGAAACCUCUAACUAAUCUAUGUUUUAAUUAAGAGCUUAUUUCUUCAUUGCUGUCUACUUGUACUUUGCUGGGAAGAGUACCAACUCCUUGCAGUAUAGUGUAUUUUAUGCUUAGCUCCUCUUUUAUUGGCUCCCUUACAUCACUCUAUGUUGCUCUGCCUUACAGAUGGAUGGCAUAGGGCAGGGCUUGACAAAUUUACUUGAAAUCUAGGAGCCAGCUAAAGUUUGCAGCCGUAUUCUUUUCAACUUUUAUAUUUGUAACAUAUAGCUGUUGCUUCAUAUUCACAUGGAAUAUAUAAUUUAAAAUGCAUAUUAAAGGGACACUCCAGUGCCAGGAAAACACUGCAGGUACCCUCUCCCUCCCACCCUCCCCAUCCCAUGUUGCUGAAGGGGUGAAAACCUCUUCAGUGACUUACCUGAGACCACCGCCAAUGUACCGCGGUGGUUUAGGGUCCACCCAUGCUCCUCCCCCGCUGACAUAGCGUGAGGACGUCCAGCGAUGCUAUAGCACAGAAAACCUGUGCUAUGAACCAGGAAGUGCAUUCUAGUGGCUGUCUAGUAGACAGCCACUAGAGGAGGAGUUAACCCUGCAAGGUAAUUAUUGCAGUUUAUAAAAACUGCAAUAAUUACACUUGCAAGGUUAAGGAUAGUGGGAGUUGGCACCCAGACCACUCCGAUGGGCAAAAAUGGUCUGGGAGCCUGGAGUGUCCCUUUAACUUUUUGAUAAUAUUUGUUGCUAUCAUAUUUAGACACCUGAUGCUUUGCUAUGUAAGCAAAGGUCAUGUCUAUUUGCACUUUCUGCUAUUUGCAUUUGGCAGAGUGCAUAGUCCAGUCCCCUGCUGAAAAUAGAUCUGGUUGCUGUGAUCUACUAAUGCUAAAUCUAUCCCCACUGUACAGUUUAAACAAGAUACAAGCCAUAAGAGUAAAUUUGCUAAUCAAUUCUUGCAAUUAAAAAUAAUUGAAUUGUUGUAGAAAUUAAAACUGCAUAACAUUAAAGGUUCACUACAGUCUACAUAUAGAAGCAAGAAACACAGGUCCCCUAGAUGUUUCUUGCUUUUAAAUUAGUUUGACAUUAAAACAAAUAAAAAAAUUUGAGUGCUUUUUAUAAUUAAAAUUUUCCUCCGUUCCAGCGCUGAGCUCCUCUUCAGGCCUUGCCCCCUUUUUUGUCAAAAUGACGAAAUAACAGGGCCCAAUCAGACGCAUUUCUUUGAGAAGCGUCAUUGCUUUCUGGUGCACAUGCGCACCUACGUGCUGCACGAAUCAGGUUCUUCAUAGAGCAGCAUUAAAUGCCGAUCUAUAAAAGAAUUGAGCACUCUACCGCGCAUGUGCGCAGUAGGUGCGUUUGCGAGCUGACUGACCGCUCAGCUCGCUGUCUAUGCCUGCCCCCUCCUAUGGCAGCCCUCCUAAGCUAAAAGUUUGUAUGCAAACACUAUAUACUGAUCUCCUAUAUGUAGUGUUUGUAUACAAUACACACACACUAUAUCUAACUUGUAGCCUUCUGCUUGUCAGCCCGAGCCGACAUGUGCAGGAGAGGGCAGCAUGGGAGACGGCCGGCCACUUGCCCGCGUAGGAGGCGGUGCGUGAUUGCAGUAAUCCUGCAGCUCCUCUCUGCUCCUUCAUGUUGUUUAGUGAUGCUUGGAGCCGACAUAUGGCCUCACUGCAAAGAGAAGAGAGGAACUGCAGGAAGAUAAGUGAGCAGCCCCACUGGACCACAGGGAAAGAUCCAUUCAGCUCUCCCAAAUGUAGGGAGGCUGGGUGGACAUAAACUCACAAAUUAACAUUUUUAUCUUCAUUUUAUGUGAAAAUGUGUGUCAUAGUAAAUGUCUUUCUGUCCGCAUGUCUGCCUGCAUUUGCUUCUGCGUGUGUCUGUGUAGGCACCUGCCCCCCUCCUAACGCACAGGAAAGGUUUUUCUACUCAGCCUUUUUUCCCCACGCCGUGCCUGUUUCGAUGUGGCUGGUCCCGGCGCCGUUGCUGAGAUCAUCAAUAUUUAUGAUUUCUGCUAAGUCAAUCCUUUUCCAUAUGAAAGGCUUAGAAGGAUAUUGCGCAUGUGCAGCAAAAGGCUGUGCUACGCCAAUUCGCAUCUCCUCAUAGAUACAUUGCAUCGAUGCAUCUUUAUGGGGAAUAUUCAGUGCCUCAAUGCAGAGCAUGGAGACAUUGAAUGUAGGUUCACCGUCUAGGAAUCACCUCUAGUGGCCGUCUGAGUGGGGUGAGGUGUCCCAAGGCAGCCAAGUAAACACUGUCUUUUCUCAGAAAAGGUGGUAGUUUUUAUUUUUUGUAAAGACUGUGGUGACAUGCUGCAGACAACAGAACUACAUUAAGCUACAGUGGUUCUGGUGACUAUAGCGUCUUUUUAAAAAUAAAAGUUUAAUUUUGAACGAGAAAAAUUCAAUUCUUUACAAAAAGACUGUCUCCAAACUUUUUUAGCUGGCUCCUGGAUUCCAAACAAAUUUGUCAAGCUCUGCCUUAGAUGAUGCUGGUAAGUGCAAACAUAUUAAGUUCAGAUGAGUAGCUGAAGCAGUCGAUGAGGGGGAGCUCCCACACUUCAUUCAAUGUUUGUUCAAGUCCUUCCUUCCACAGUAGCAGGUAAAGUGCAUUCACCUACAUGGCAUUGCUAGGCUGCCAAGAUCACCUAGAGCUCCUGCAGCAUCUCUCUGUGACGCGCCGAUACAAUCUAAGGCCCUUGUGGACAAAAUGGCUAGAGUAACAGCUGUGAGAAACCCAUUUUCAUUCUGAAAAACUUCAAUUACACGAUUAAGUCCCAAACUGAUCUUUAUUCAUAAUCUCCAUUGCUGUGCUCAUUCUUUGUGGUGUGGUGUGUUUUUUUUGUUUUUAUUUUUUUUUUGUUUUCUAGCCUGUGCACUUCCACACAUCUCUUCCUUACUCAAAUUCUGCCACAUUAGUUGAUUUAAAAAUCUGCCAGAAUUAAGUAAAAUGUCUUCAUCAAUCACUGUGAGAAAAUAAUCACGGUCUUCAUUUUUAUAUAUGUAUUUAAUAAGUAUUGUCAGAAAAAUGUCCUGUUAAUGUAUAUGUUCAGAAUUUUUUUUUUUUUUUUUUUAGAAUGCCAUUACAGUUUGUUGAUGGGAUCCAACUACGUCUCUAGAUUAUUUUAUUUUUUUGGGGGGUGGGUAUUAUUUAUUUUAUUUUAGAGCAUGACAUUUUGUGUAUACAUUGUGUUAGCAGUUUUGCUAGCAAGUGUAGAGAUUGGGAUGUUUUUUUUUCUGACCUGUCAAUUCUUCGUCAUUGACUCUGUUGAUUUGAUAAUGGACAGCUAAGGAGACCACAGGUGAUCCUUCUGCUCUCCAUGCAGAGCAUUCAGAGUGCAUGUACUGUGGUUGCUAUGGUAACUCCCAAGCUAGCGUUUGCUAGGCAAUGUUGGACCACUGACAUGCUGGCAAUAAAGUCCGUGUCAUGGGGCAGGUUUGCUGUACUUGGGGAAGUGUCCCACAUUGGACAAAUCAGGGAAGAGAAUAGUGAAGGAGACUGGAGGUGGGUGUUAGAGGUGUAACACCCACUUCUAUAAUGAGAUCCCAGUGGGAAAGUGGAGGCUGAGGUAAGUGGUUCACUUUAAUAUAUGUCUUUAUUGCUUAGAUGCUGUUUUGUGUAUGCACAUGUUUUUAAUACAAUUUACACAUUAAGUAUAUCUUGUAAUAUUAAUAUAUAUAUUCCCCCCCACCCCCCUUUUUUAUUUUUCGUUUUCUUCUAGUGCAUUGCGUUCCAUGAUAUUGCCCCACAGGCUCCGACACAUUUUUUAGUGGUUCCAAAAAAGGCUAUUUCACAUUUAUCUGAAGCAGAUGCUUCUGAUGAAGCUGUAAGUAAAAUAACUGUUUUGUAUGCAUGACAUAUAACUUUUUUUGAACAUAUUGAUUACAUCAUUGUGGAGAUAUAUAUAUAUAUAUAUAUUUUUUUUUUUUUAUGGAUUUGUUUAAACAUUUAAAUCAUAUAUGAUUUAUUUUAUUUAAGGGGACAUGCAUCACUUUGAGACAAUUGUCUUAUUCAAAAGCCUUCGCUUUGAAUAUGACCAUUCUUUUUGCAGGCUUACAAAAGCAUCUAAAUUAUAUUUCUUCUAAUGCUUUCCACACCAACUCCGGGGGUGGGGACACUGAUCCAACCAAUCACUGUCCUAUCCCUAGGAAUGUUGGAAAAGUGCAUUGGGCCUGUCUGACAAAUUUCACAUGUGCAGUUGAAGUAUCUCUCCACUUUGGAGCAUCCUGACAAGGGGAGAAGAGAGGGAGAUUGAUCAAUGUGAUCAUUAAAUAGAAGGCUCAGGAAAUUGUUAAAUGAUGCAUAUCACUUUAAAUUGGAUUUCUUUUAAUAAAGUGCUUUUGAAGUUUUCUACUCAAGAUACGUUCCAAGUCAAAGGUUAUUCAGCAUUAAAUAUGGAUUAGUUGUGUAGCACAAGGCUGUAUAUUCAUGCAGUAUUUACAUUUUUGGUAAAUUAAUUCCAUUAUUCCAAUUUAAUUGAACUUGUGUUUGCAGAAAUAACAGCAACAAUGUUAUAAAAUAAACAUGUAAAAUUAAUGAAAAAGAUCUUAAUCGCAUUAUUCUGCAAAUUUAUGUGCAAACAAUGAACACUUUAAGUUGUUCUCCAAAUAUAUGUGACUAACUUAUUAAAGCGAAGAUAGUUCACAUUUAAAUAAUUUAAUCAUCCUCUAUAUAUUUCUAAUAGUAUAUAACAAAAUCAGUCCUGAUAUAACGGUUAAACUAAUCUGAAAAGUUGUUCUAAAUAUGAAAUCGUCAUCUGCCUGCACAACAAAUUUACAACAGACCAAAGAGGUUGUAAGAAAAGGAAUGCUUUUUACUAAAGCACUAUAUAUCGUAGUACCGUGCACAGGUUGAUAAUUGGCCAGAAUCCAAGGUUGAACGGAGAUGAAAUGGUGACCGAAAAGCAUAAUCCAGAAAUGAAGGCCAAGGUCAGAAGCAGAGUUAGGAAUAUCGCUGGACUGGUCACUUUGAGUACAUUGGAAGUGAAGCUGCAAAGAAAGGUUGUUGCACCUGUGCAGACCAGGGAGACUAAUGGAGCAAUGGGGAAUCCACAGAGCAAUAGUUAAACAGGCAAUUUUCAUAACCAUUGUCUCUAGCAUGUAAACUCCAUAUAAUGCCACCAAUGUCAUUUUGGAUCUGCAUUUCUCCAUUAUAUGGCAAACUGUGCUAACAUCUAAUUUUUAUAGAUUGGGAGGUUACUGAAUUAAAUCAAUGCUGGGUUUUACCAGAGUAUUUUAAAGGCCCUUCUCAGUUCCCUGAUCUCUUGUCAAUCCACAACUGGUGCAGAUUACAUAUUUAUCUAAAUGGUAUUGUUGUUCCAGUCUGUCCUCCAGAGAGUUAGAUGAAAUAACUCUUGCUUUAAAAUUCGUGUUUGCUCCAUAAUUCUCAGUAAUGCAACAAAUUAUGCAAUGGAAACAUUACACAGUAUUAUCUUAUUUUAUAGCUUCUUGGACACCUGAUGAUAGUUGGCAAGAAGUGUGCUGCUGAAUUGGGCCUGACACGAGGCUACCGACUGAUUCUUAACGAGGGCCCAGAUGGUGGGCAGUCUGUGUACCACGUUCACCUGCAUGUACUUGGCGGACGUCAGCUGGGUUGGCCUCCAGGCUAAUAGCCUGCAUACCAACAAAGCAACAUCAAUCUGUCCUGUCUGAGGAGAUGCAAUUUCUAAAUUUCAGUUUUUGAUACAUUAUUGUUUGCGUACAAGCUGUAGGUUGAGAGCUUUUUAUGUGAAAGUGGAGUAGGAAGAACUAAAACACGUUUUCAAAAUUGUUUAAUUGCAAUGAUUGCUUUGUGAUCCCUUAUUUCCUAACUGUCAUUCCCAAUGCAGUUUUUGUUUCAUUAAAGUUAUUACACUGCUUUGUCGUCUCAUUUUGUAAAAACAACUAUAGGUAUCCACCAUAAAAAUAAAACAUUAAUAAAAUCUUUAACACUCUCUAGUGAUGACACAAAGCCUAACGGCAUCUGUUGCUACGAAGAUAAUUAGUAAAACUAUUUUACAAACGCCAGCUGCUUCCAAUUAUUCUUCCCUUUUUUGAUAUUCUCCAAAUAUGAAACAUUUUAUGCAGCUGUUUAUUUACAGGAAACAAACGGCUGACCUGGUCCCUUAGCUUGGUAAACCAGGUAACAAAUGCCACUAUAAUUAGUGGUUUUUUUUGGAACUUUGAAGACGAGUGUCUCCAAUGGUAUUAAUUGGAGAGGAGUUUUAGAAAAAGCUUUUGUGACACGUAGGUGAAAUUAUGAAAGGGCUAGUUUAAAGGACCACUAUAGUGCCAGGAAAACAAACUCGUUUUCCUGGCACUAUAGUGGGCACCCUAAGGCUCCCACUCCCGCCGGGCUGGAAGGGGGGUUAAACACUCACCUUUCUCCAUCACCGGUCUCCCUCGGCGGUGGGGACUCUCCUCCUCCUUCGGUCGUCAUCGGCUGACUGCGCAUGCGCAGCAAGAGCCGCGCGUGCAUUCAGCCAGUCCAUAGGAAAGCAUUCUCAAUGCUUUCCUAUGGACGCUGGCAUCUUCUCACUGUGAAAAUCACAGUGAGAAGUGCCUCUUGUGGCGGUCAAUGAGACAGCCAUUAGAGGCUGGAUUAACCCAUAGGUAAACAUAGCAGUUUCUCUUACACUGCUAUGUUUACAGCAGAAAGGGUUAAUCCUAGAGGGACCUGGCACCCAGACCACUUCAUUAAGCUGAAGUGGUCUGGGUGCCUAUAGUGGUCCUUUAAGUGACAAAACCAGUUCUUCUUAAUGUGGUGGUUUAGUGCUUAGAUGUGUGUCCCUUGUCUCUGUCCAAUACAGUUUGCUGAAAAGUUUCCAUUUGUGGCUGUCAGCUUUGGAGUCAUCGUUUAUAACACUUGAUGUUUGCUCAUGUGCCUUAUUCAUAAGCCGCCUUCUGUUUACUGAAUUCUACGUCCGUUCUAAAAUAAAUCACCACUGGGUGGCACUCAUAUCUAGUAUUGCUUUAUUCAGAUCAAUGAAAUAAUUAUUUUGUGCCUUGUCAUUAACUGAAUUAAUGUGGUUUUGUACUAUAUGG